AGCUGCAGUGGCGUUACAACAAAUAAUUACGAUCAUAGAUCCGCGAACGAACUCAUCGAACGUUAUAUUAUAAUAUUAUUUUUAUUGCCAUUCACGCGACCAAUGUGCUUUAAUAAUAUCAUAAAUCCGUAUCGAACUCGUAUGUGGUGUAAUACUGUGCAAUAAUAAUGCCUAUAAACGAGUGAAUCUGAUAACACAAUAAAAUAUGAUAACACAAAAUGGUAAUGAUCGAAUUUUCCCAACCCACGCAGCAUAAUACGUUAAUCGCGCGUACGGUGUGUGCGUAUUAUAAUAUUAAGUUGUCUUGGUUCCGAUUUACGAUAAGGACGCGUUUUAUUUAAUAUAUAUAACCGGAGCCGUACAACAGACAGAUAGUCUACAGUCAACACUCGAACGUUCGCAUUGUCUCAACUGCAGUCUGAUCAAUCAAUCGAUAUAACAAUACAACAUACGUAAUAGAAAUAUAAUAAUAAUAUCAUCUCAACAAUCGCGUCACCAUCAUGGCCAGCCGCCGUGUAAGCAUCAAUGAUUACGACUCCAAUGCGCCCAGUAACUUAUUCCGGACCAACGGUCAAAAUUUAUCCGGCAUGGGAAACAAAAAAAGAGAGAUCAACGCGCCUCUCAUCGUAGUUUCCAAUCGACUUCCGUUUGUUUUGGGUAAAAAUGCAGACGGAGAAUUAGUGCGGAAACAAAGCGCGGGUGGUCUUGUAACGGCCGUCGCUCCAGUUGUUGUCGAAUGUAAAGGCACAUGGAUUGGAUGGUCUGGUUCGUUCGAUUUAAAACCCAAUGAUCCAAUUCCGGAAUCCGAUCCGGAAGACAAAGCUCCUACCGCUGGACUCAAAUCUAGUCAAAUUAUUCCGGUACACUUAGAUAAAACGGAAAUUGAAGAAUUCUACAAUGGUUGUUGUAAUGGCACGUUUUGGCCCUUAUUUCACUCGAUGCCCGACCGUGCCAAUUUCGUUUCUAGGGACUGGAAAACGUACUGCAAAGUAAACGACAAGUUUGCCGAUUGCACGCUGGACGCCCUGCGGGAUGCUAUAAAAUCCCUAGACGACGCUGGAGAUCACCAAACAGCCCCCUUGGUUUGGAUUCAUGAUUAUCAGUUACUGACGACCGCGACCAAAAUCCGUCAGGUGUGCGAAGCCGAAAACCUCAGGUGUAAGCUGGGAUUCUUCUUGCACAUACCGUUCCCGUCGUGGGACAUUAUGAGGUUGUUGCCUUGGGACGACCAAGUUCUCCAGGGAAUGUUGGCUUACGAUUUCACCGCCUUCCACAUCGAGGACUAUUGCUUGAAUUUUAUUGACUGCUGCUGUCGGCGGCUUGGGUGCCGCGUGGACCGGACCAACAUGCUGGUGGAGCUGGCCGGACGGACCAUACAAGUGAAGGCGCUGCCGAUUGGCAUACCAUUUGACCGUUUCGUGCAACUAUCGGAGAAGGCGCCGGCGUUCCUAAACAUGUCAGAAGAUGUCAAGGUGAUACUGGGCGUGGACAGGCUGGACUACACCAAGGGUCUGGUGCACCGAAUCCUGGCGUUCGAGAAAUUCCUGGACAAGUACCCGGAGCACCGGGAAAAAGUGGUGCUGCUGCAAAUCUCGGUGCCAUCCAGGACGGACGUCAAGGAGUACAAGCAACUCAAGGACGAGACCGAGCUGCUGAUCGGCCGCAUCAACGGAAGGUUCUCGAUGCCCAACUGGUCACCGAUCCGUUACAUCUACGGGUGCCUGAGCCAGGAGCAGCUGGCCGCCCUGUACCGAGACUGCGCGGUGGCAUUGGUGACGCCGCUCAGGGACGGCAUGAACCUGGUUGCCAAGGAGUUCGUGGCGUGCCAGAUCCGGACGCCGGGUGUGCUGAUCCUGUCACCAUUCGCCGGCGCCGGUGGCACCAUGCAUGAGGCGCUACUGGUCAACCCAUACGAGCUGGACGAGAUGGCCAACGUGCUGCAUCGAGCCCUGCGGAUGCCGCUUGACGAGCGUGAACUGCGCAUGACACAGCUCAGGCACCGAGAACAGCUGCUGGACGUCAACUACUGGAUGACGUCGUUCUUCUCGUCGAUGGGCGCGCUCAGCGACGGUGGCGGUGACAGCGAUGCAAACGGCGGUAUCAGCGGAUGCAACCUACCACCCAAGAGCAUGCAACUGCAGCUGGAUGAUUUCGACAUGUACCUGAGCAACCACAUUGCGGGCGCUGGCAAGCUGAGUCUGAUCUUGGACUACGACGGCACGCUCACGCACCUCACGUCACACCCCGACCUGGCCGUUAUGUCCGAGGAGACGGUCAAGGUGCUGCAGCGGCUCAGCCGAAUGCCGGACGUGAACAUCGCCAUCAUUUCAGGCCGAACGCUGGACAACGUCAAGUCGAUGGUGGGCAUCGAGAACGUGACGUACGCGGGCAGCCACGGUAUCGAGAUCCUGCACCCAGACGGCACCAACUUCGUGCACCCGGUGCCCAGGCAGUAUGAGCAAAAGGUGGCCGAGCUGCAGAAGGUGCUCGCGGACGAGGUGUGCGGCGACGGUGCUUGGGUGGAGAACAAGGGCGUGAUGCUGACGUAUCACUACCGGGAGGUGCCGGUCGCCCUACGCGAACACCUGGAGCGCCGAGCGGUCGAGAUAUUUGAGGCAGCCGGGUUCGAGCCGCACCGUGGGUUCCUGGCCAUCGAGGGCAAGCCACCCGUUACGUGGGACCAGGGCCGCGCGUCCAUUUACAUACUGCGCACCACAUACGGAGUCGACUGGUCCGAGCGGGUGCGUGUCGUGUACGCUGGCAACGAGGACGCCAUGCUGUCGCUCCAGGGCAUAGCAUGCACGUUCCGCGUCGACCCAUCGCCGAUGGUCCAGACGGCCGCAGACUUCCGGCUGUCCGGUCCCGACGCCGUGCUCACCAUGCUCAAGUGGGUGGAGAAGGAGAUGCACAAACGGCUGCCGACGCUCAGCGGCCGGACGGUCAGCAAUAGCCGGGUGCAGAACGCUGCGCUGGCGCACAGCAUCCGGUCGCAGAUGAGCAUCGACCAGAAGGAAGAGGAAAAGGAGAAGAUGAUCCUGCUGGCCCGGAGGUCUAAGCUCACCACCACUUGAGCGGCCGUUCGAAAGGAUUAGUAAGACUAAGCACGCAACACGCCGCGUUACGACAUUUUAAUUGAUGUAUCAUAACUGUACUCGACGGCAUGACUGCGCGUCAUACGCGUCAUAAUAAUAUUACCUAUUAAAUGGUUGGGCACCUAUGCCAAGAACGCCAUGUUUUGUAAUAAGGAUCAUUUCAUAGAUUCUAUAGAUUUAGGAAUAUAUGUGUAUUUUAAUAAUUGUUUGACUAUUUGUUUUAUUUUUUUAUAUAUGUAUUGUUUUUAUUAUAUUAAAUAUGAUUAUAUUAUUCUUUGUGAACGACAUGCCGGUUAUACAUGCGAUAAUAAUAUAAUAUUUACAGCUAGAUAUAGUGAUUAUGAUUUACAUGUGAACAUUAUAUUAUAUUAUACGGUACACCGUUGUUGUGCAUAAUAAU